AUGACUUUCAGACUAACAGUCAAUCAAAUGGAUUACCGGCUAUUGGUGUUGAUGUGGAUCCACAUCGAGUACUGUCUCUGCCAAAUGACUUGUGGCCCACGAAUGAGUCCCCGACUAAUGAGGGAAAUCCCGUGCGAUAUGAGUAAAAACUCUUUCUGCGCUCAACCGGGAAGUGCUUAUCCGUGGAGUAGUGUUCGGCGAUAUAUCUUCGAGAACCAGGGAUUCAUGAGACGUAUGUAUGGCGACCAACGCCAGAGUCAGAUCCUCAGGGCUGAACUCGAAGAGACCCGAGAGAAGUACGACUCCAUCUAUUUCUACGGCAGAGGGAGAGCACAGAAUCAGUACAUAGGGUUUGGCCCCCGAUCUGCCACCGAUUCCAAUCACUCCACACAAACCACUUCUAGUGCAACAACUCUUUCGUCAUUCAAUUCAAGUAUUCAUUUAACGCCAAACGCUAUGAAUCAAAGUCUUGAAAACAUGACGACAGCCAACGAAUCAGAACACAAGCCCUCUCUCGACACAGAGUUCAUUGACAUCGAAACGGAAACCGAAGACAGCACUCGCUUCGAGACCAACCCUCCGACCACUACCUCCGACACAAAUCACGAACCAAACGAUAUUCCCAUCGCAGAGAUGUACAUAAGUUCGGCGACACCGCAGACCACAACCACUUCCGAUACAAAGUCCGAUCCAAACGAUUCGGAGCCCAAGAAAGGUGUGAACGCGUGUCCCAUCAAAGAGGAAGUGGUGGCCCCGUAUUGGGCCAACAAUACGAGGGGCGAAACACUUGCGCUGUUGAAUGUGUACCCCUUUGAACAGUACAUCCAUUGGGAGAAAUGCGCUUACGAGGGGUCGCAGAUGUUUUGCCGCGACGGUUGCAAAUGUGAACAACAGUAUCGUUUACAUCGAUUGCUCGCAUUUGAUCCCAAGAACGAGUGUCGCGGCAUUUUUGCCGAUUGGUUCCGAUUCCCGGGUUGUUGUGUCUGUAUUUGCUAUGAUUUGCCCGAAUCUCUGCGCGUCAACAGAAGGAAAGCCAGACUUUAA